UCUUCAGACGGUGUCUGGUAUCCCGGCGUCACCAUGCCUCAACCAAAGGGGGAUCAAGUGUUCUUCGUGGUCCAUCAGCGGCAAGAGGAUCCGACUGAGAUAGUGGCCCAUCUUGUCAAGCAGGAUGGAUUGGAUGACCUAAAGGAAUACAUGGUGGAAAGCGGGUAUAAAUUAUGCGAAUCAACCCGAACUGAGCCGUUCCAAGCGAUGACUGGGGAAACGUUUUACAUUCGUCUUGUUGGCGAUUUAGAGGUCAACACAUUCGGGGAUAAAAGCUACCGAAAGGACAGACUCCAACUCCGGUGGAUUCGCAAUCGGGCCAACCGGAGAGAUUUCUUCGUUGAGGGCGUUUACAGGGGGCGUUUCCAGCCCGAGUACGCAGGCAAGGUUCUCUUGCAUCGUCUCACGGUGCAUGCCGGGACGAUUAAUAAGGGAAGCGGGAGACAGUUCACGCUGAACAACCUGGAGAGCAUUCUGGGUAGUGUGGUGUCGUCAUCAAAGUUGGUCAUACCGAAGGAAAGAGAGCACCCCGCCCCUCCAGAAAUACAAGACAGUUUUACAGAUGAAGAAGUUAUUAAAGACGUUGUCCUCCGAACUGUUUCCAAAGACAUCCCCAAGAACUUCGUCGUCCCUCUCGCCAUGCACCUUUUCGGUCUCUCGGAGGUCGAGAUUCUUAACCUCAGUCUCCUGCCGCACCAUCGCGAUUUCGACGAACAGCGAUACGCCGUCUUGGAAAAAUGGAUGUUAACGAACGGAGAGGAGGCUACGUUCACGAAGCUCAUUGAUGCCUUUAGAGCUGUCAAGAUGACGUCAGCGGCAAAUAAUCUAAAUAGGAACUUGUUGACCAAUGAGCGUUUAAAAUCGGUCGGUAAGGCACUCCCUGGUGACCUUCAACCCCUUGCUGACGUCAUCAAGGUUGACUUAGAAGAAUCCCGCCAAAACUACGUAGACGAACUGAACGAUCAUAAAUUCCAGAUUUUAUACAGAUGGCGGGAAGACUCGUUCGAUACGAUUCGCAAGAGGGCGUCCCAUUCUAAGUUGUUGCGAGCAAUGCGCAAGUGCGGAAUGGAAUUGGAGGCAGAGAGAUGUACGCUCAUUAGUUCGGUGGACGCACGUGACGUCGUUCUUCUUCGCAUCAUCACAAAAGACGCUAGUCGGGAAACCAUCUACCGACUCGUUCGCACACUGGGACUGGCCGAAGAGCAAAUAGAAGGAAUCACCAGAGAACACGGCCAAGACUUCAACAAGAAAAUGUUCAUGUUGAACGCACUGGUUCAGUGGCGGGACAGUGAUGGUGAAGGGACUGGAGCCAGAUUUGACGAGUUGAUGGAUCAUAUGGACACGGUGGGACUCCGUCUGAAUGCUGAUAUACUGGACGAGGAAUUAGUCAAAGAUAAACGUUUCCAUUUCGCGGCAAAGCACAUUGAGAACGACAUGAUGCAACCGCUGGCUGACAAACUCCGCGUUGAUACCACACCCAUGAUGAUCCAAUACAGUGGCGACUUUGUAGCCGAAUUGGGCUUCAGAUUACUCGUGCGGUGGAAGGAGACACGCGGUAAAUAUGCGUCACACACGGAGCUGCUGAAGGCUCUUGAAUCCUCCGGAUUGGGCGCGCUCGGGAAGGAUGUGGACAAGAUGGGAUCCGUGAAUAUUUCUAAAGGUGCAAUGUGUGACUUCUGCCUAAAGUACGUCACAAGUUGGAUCCACGUGAGCCGAGCCCACGAGUGGCCCUCUGUCGUCCAGAAUAUUCCAUCUAACAUCACCCAAGGUCUGGACAAACGUACCGUGGAGUUAAUCAAGAGACAGCAGAGAGAUCCAUGUGACCAGAUGGCAAGGGCUUUCAGGCUGUGUCGAGACAGGGGUGUGUUUAAGACGGCAGGCGCCAUGGUCAACAGGCUGAUUGCUUGCGGAUUUCAAAAGGCCGCCCUCAUGCUACUCGAUGUGUCCAGGUCACAGUUUUAUUGCACAACGAUUCGGCUAGAGGAUGUAUAG